GACAAGUCUCUGUGUUAGGCAGAGGUACAACACCACAGAGAGUCGUGCGGCUUGAACUGCAGGAUUGGGUCAGGUGGAAGAGUCAGUAUGGGGAAGCUACUACUGUGGGCAGGUUUCACCAUUUUGCUGAAUCUGCAACUCGUUUCAGCCUACAAACUUGUGUGUUAUGUCACUAACUGGGCUCAGUACAGGGCAGCUCCAGCCACAUUCACACCUGAUAAGAUAAACCCCUUUCUGUGUACCCAUGUGAUAUAUGCCUUUGCUGGCCUGAAUAACAGCCAAAUUACCACUACAGAAUGGAAUGACGAAACACUCUAUGGUCAACUCAAUGCCUUAAAGGACAGAAAUAACAAGCUGCUCACAUUGUUGGCUGUUGGAGGAGGAGUCUUUGAGAAUGAGAAGUUUACUACUAUAGUCUCGUCUCCAAGCAAUCGCCAAGUCUUCAUCACAUCUGUGAUAAAUUUUCUCCGCAAAUAUGGGUUUGAUGGUCUGGAUCUUGAUUGGGAAUACCCAGGUUCCAAAGGCAGCCCCCCAGAGGAUAAGCAGCGCUUCACCAUAUUGACUCAGGAACUGUCAGCUGCUUUUGCAGAAGAGAGCAAUGCAACAGGACGGCCACGGCUGCUGCUUUCAGCAGCAGUACCUUCCAACAAAUACACUGUGGAUGCUGGAUAUGAAGUUGCUGCCCUGGGGAAGAGUCUCGAUUUUAUCAAUGUGAUGACCUAUGAUUUCCAUGGACCCUGGGCUCCCAUAACAGGACACAACAGCCCACUGCAUAAGGGUUUACCAGCCUAUGACCCAAUUCCUUUCUACAACUGUGAAUAUGCCAUGAAAUAUUGGAAGGACAAUGGAGCUCCAGCUGAGAAACUAAUGAUGGGAUUUCCAACAUACGGACGAACUUUCAAACUUUCUAGUUCAAACACUGGCGUUGGUGCUCCAGCCUCUGGUGGAGGUACUCCUGGAAACUACACCAAAGAUUCUGGUGUUUUGGCGUAUUAUGAGGUGUGUACAUUUUUACAAGGAGCUACCAAGGCAUGGAUUGAAGAGCAGAAGGUUCCUUAUGCUUUCAAGGAUGGAGAAUGGGUUGGAUACGACGAUAAAAAGAGUUUUCAGUUAAAGGUUGAGUUCUUGAAGAGAGAACAGUAUGGAGGAGCCAUGGUUUGGACUCUUGGCAUGGAUGAUUUCUCUGGCGCGUUCUGUGGUCAAGGAGCAAAUGUCCUUAUUAAAACACUAAAUACUUCCUUAAGAAACUGAGGUAAUAAUAAACAAGGGUAAAGAUGACAGAAAGUCAUCAAUAUCCCUAAGUCAUCAAUCUAAAGCCCAGUGAAAUUAGAAUUCAAUGAAAAGCAAAUUGUGUAACCUCUAAUUUUCUAAACUCUUCUUUUAGAUUUAAAUGUUAGAAUUAGUCUCAAGUGGAUUUAUAUGAUAAACCAUGUGCUACAAAUGCAUUUGUGU